GAUCCCGGUUUGCAGCGUGAGCAGAACGGGCCGGUAUUACCAGAGAGGGGUCACAAGGUGACCAGACCCCUUCUGCUCUAGUCCCCAGAAAGGCUAAAGAAAAUACCCAGCAGUGAAACAUUGAACGUUCCAGUGGCUGAGUCCUUCCCACGAGGGACGGAUGAACCGUAGCAAAGCAGUGAGAGGAGAUGGCUAGAAACCGCAAGCACUUUGAACUGAGUUACCUAGAAGAAGUGAAUAUGAUUAAGGAGAGUGAGACUUUAUGCAAGGAAUCUCAGCGGGAUUUACCACAGUUCAAACAACCACUCGCCAGGGUGGUUGCUCAUACCAAUGCAAGUACUCCACCCUCAUUGGAAGAUUUAACACCAGAUCAAUCACCUCAGCCAGAAUUUUAUCCUCUCCAGAGGUCAAAGAGUCCACAUAAGCCUGUCAUGAAUACAAAUAAAAAUAUUCCUAAUGAAUUCAUUGGCAGUUCUGAAGUCCACAGAGAAGUAAAGCUCUCCUGUGAGGUGAGAGGCAUGAAAAAACAAACUCGUGAUCUCAGAAUGAUGACUCAAAGAAAUAAAUCUCCUCCAAAAGAGGACAGCACUGACAAAAAACAAGGACAUUGCUUUGAAAAAAUAAACAUGGGAAAUAGUAGCACUUAUACCACAAGAACAAGCGAAAAGAUGCCAGUAAUAGCAUCUUUAGCAGGUACUGCAAAACAAAUCACUUUGUUUAAGCAACCAGUACCCCCUCAGAAACCUAGCUAUAACAGGCUUAUUCUUUGUCCAAGAUCACUGACUAAUAAGCCCCCCAUUCCAUUACAGAAGGACAAAGAUACUAGAAAAGUGAAGGAUAGAAUUGCCACUCUAAAGAUAAACCUUCAGGCUAUAAAAACAAAUAGUACUGAAGAACUCAUCAGAGUCAGUCGUGAAUCUAGUUGUACAGAUUCUGAUUCAAGUAAACAAGCUUCUGAAAAAAAAGUAAUUGGGAAAGAAGAUUUGCAAAGAGGUAGCAAAGUUUUAAAAGAAAAUCAACAAAGUUUAGUUUCUGAGAUGGAAAGAGCACCAAGUAGCAGCCAGCCAAGUGUGGGGUCUGUUCCAGAGCUGUUGGAAGAAGCUUCAGACACAACUAGACCAGACACUUCAAAAAUAUACGAGAAGAACUUCCAGCAGAGCAAACCAGAGGAGCCUACUUCCACACCAAAGUUGCCUGUGAAAGUGGCUGCAAGGUCUAUUGAUGAAAUAAUUGCUUCCCUGCAGUCUACUUUUCAGUCUCCCUCUGACCAGAUGAUCAAAGAACUCCUGGAGAGUGUUCUUGGCGAGAACUACAGCAUAAAAAUUGAACAGGCAUCAGUUGAACCUCAGGGAAAGAAGAGUGAAUCUCAAACUAAUGAGGAAAUACUGCCAAGUAUUCAGCAACCAACCCUGAUUCCUGUAAUUAAAAAAGAACUUCCAGCAGAAGAGAGUGAAUCUCAGACUAAAGAAGAACUGUUAACAGACCUCAAGCACGUUGAACAGAUAAAAGAAUCAUCUAUUGAAACACUUCCUGAUCAGGCACCAGGAACUUUAUGUCCACCUUCACAGGAUUUCCCUUGUUUUCCUGAAAGUGAGGGCUCUAAAUUGAAGCUGUUUUCUUCAAGUGUUCCUCUCUUGUCAAAACCAACUUUACCAUUGCUUAACAUUUUGGAGGAAGUAAAGAAUGAGCAAGAAUUACACAAGGCUGUAUCAUCGUCAUCAUUAUCAUUAUUAGAGACUGUAUCCUCAGAUGUGCUACAAGUGAAAGGAAAAGCAGUCAUAAAGACUAAACCAUCUGAAGUUCAGCAGAAGUUACCAGAUCACCAGCUACAACACCCUCUGUCUUGGCUUUCCACAUGGACUCCAAAGAUAAAAGAGCAACAUUACCCAGUUAUGCAUCACCUGUGUACUGCUUCUCCUAGUUUUUCCUUGCCCAUUGAUCUACAACUGGCUUCUAGAGUAUAUCAUACUUUCAGUAGAAGAGGCCACGAUAUUUUAUUUACAAAAGAAGAACCACACCAUGAAGAGGAAAAACUAUUCUACUCAAAACAUAUUUUUUUUGAGGAUCAAAGUGAAAGAAGAAGAAUUUGUUAUGAAGGUAUUCCUGUUUCAGAACUGUUCCAGGAAAAUCAGGAAGGUGGGAUUCAUGUCUUACCUCCACACACAUCAAAAAGUCUAACUGAAUGGCAGAAAAAAGCUGAGUAUUAUGUAGAAAAGCCAAGACUUGAACUCUUAGGAGAAAAAGUUUCCUUUUACCCAGAGACUCUUAAAACAUUUUGGGCUCCAGCUCCACCAAAAUUUUCUGCUCCCAUCUCUUUCAUGAAGCAAAUGUUGUUUCCCAAGUAUAAGAGCAAUGUUAUUGAGGGUGUUAUAAUAGAAGACUUUUCUUCUGACCAUCCAGAGGAAGACGAAUUAAAGUCUGAGGAGGAUAGUGACAUUGACAGUUAUAUGACAAAAACCAUUGUAAGAAGAUGCCAUUCCUUGCCAGAUUUUUUUAGCACUGAGGAGUCAAAGAUAAAUUUGAUUAAAAGAUCAGUCUCAGCACCAGAGAUGGCUGAUUUCAAAGAAAAAACAAAAUUAAAGAUGUCAGCUAAUUUCAAAACCAGCAUGAAAGAGAUGAAGGUUAUGAAGCAACAGAUAUCUGAGCUAAAGGUUGAGACUGAGAGUGAGAAAAGUUUCCCUACUAAGCAUCUAUUGAAUAAAAACUAUGAUGACCCUCAGUUAGUACUGACAGAAAUUCCAGUGGAAAAACAGCCUUCUGUGACCAGACAAGGAGACAGUGAGAAUGACAUUGUUCUUGCUGAGAGAGCGCGAGAGGCUGGGAUUAAAUACAUUGUUUUUCCAAAAAGAAAGAAAUCAAAGAGAUCAAAGAAGAUAAUAGACUCUACAAAAUUGAAAGCUGUGAUUCAGUUAUUAAAUCAACCCCCAAAGAAUCUUGAAAGAUCUGUAUCCCUUGGAAGCCUUCAUUCGCAUCGUAAAUAUUGUAUCAAAGUACCUCCAUCGGUCCGAUAUUAUCGAAGUCCCAGUCUUCCUCAUUUAUUAGAUUUUGAAAAGUUUGCAGAAAGUAAAGGUGGAAUUCCAGAAGAGUCUGGUGUUCGUGAGUGGGUAAAAGAAAUCUGGUAUAGCUGGUUCGAUGAAACUUUUCCUCCAAGCAGGAGUCCUUCUGAAGAAAAAGGCGUUAAAAUACAAAUAGAAACUAAAAAAACAGAUUCUGGAGAAGAAACAAAGCCAAAUCUAGAAAUAGAACUAGUUGAUUCAAUUAAACCUUUUCUGGUAGAAGAUGAAGCUGUUAAUAUUGAAGAUUUAGAAGCAGAAAUUAGCAGACUAACACUCCUAAUAGAAAAGGAAGGAAACUCCUCAGCAUUUCACUAUUGUAGACGUGGAGCAAUAAACAGGAAGCUAGGCAAGUUAAAAUCUGCUAUGGAGGAUUUGGAAAAAGCUGUAAGCUUAGAACCACUGUUACUUAAUGCAUAUUGGCACAGACAUUUAAUUUACCUCUUUCAAGCCAAGAUUCCAGCUGCCUUGGAUGACCUGAAUUAUAUAAUUAAGUGGAACAAAAAUAGUGUGGAUGCAUAUUUGUCAAAGGCUGAAAUUUAUAGAAGGCAGGGUAAUAAUGCAUUGGCAAUCAUAAAUUACACAUUAGCAGAGAAAUGCAACCCUACUGAUGAUGACAUUUAUUUCCGGAGAGCUGAGCUGUUGGAGAAUGAAAACGAAUUGUUAUUGGCCAUGGAAGAUUAUACUAAAUGUUUUCGUUGCAACCCAAAAAGAACAGACGCACUAAUGAAACAUGGAAUACAUUCCUUUGAGAAAUCAGCUUUGACUGUUGCUAUUGAGGAUUUUACAGCUGUGAUUAAGGAAGACCCAAACAAUGCUCAGGCAAGGUAA